AUGCCUGAAAUUGCGAGCAGUCCAACGCCAGUUGGCUCUUUUAUCUUCUCAUCCAUCGCCCUCCUGCUGGUGUCGCUGGGAGUCCUCCUCAUCUUGCGCCACUAUCUCCCUCUCCGAACCACGCCGGCCUUCUACAUCGUCCCCAUCUUCUUCGCCCUGUGGCUGCCCUCGAUACUCGUCCUCCUGGUUCCGAUAGACCUUGCUUCCAGCGCCAUCACCGACGAUGUGGCUUCGCGGGGCAUCUGGCUGCCUCAGCGCGUGGUCUUGGUGCUGUGGCGCAUUACAUACUGGUUGACAUUUUGCUUGACAUGGUUCAUCCUCCCCAUCCUCGCCGAAUACUCCGACACUGGCUACCGUGAGCCCUAUGAUAAGCUGAUGUACUCUCUCCGCGCCAACGCGCAAUUCUAUGCCAUGGUUCUAGGAGCUGGCGCUGUCGGCCUAGUGUACAUAUUCGCCUCCUACGAGUUCUCCUUUACAGCUCUCAAAGCGCUCAUCAUGGCUCUGUCUUACUGCUGGGGUCUGAUUCUUGCCAUCUACCUGAUGGGCCACGGGCUGGUUUCCAUACCACGGCACCUGCUUCGAAGCGGAAGUAUCAGCGGCAGACUACGGAGAUUGCAGAUAAAGGCGCCUAGGGUGUAUGAGAAGAUGGAGGACUCUCUCACGGGCGUCGAGGAGGUUGAACAGCAGGUUUCCGAGCUCGGCCGCCGAAAAACGGGAAGUGCCGCGGCCUUCCAAGAUUGGAUUGAAGAGCUUCAGGAGAUAGCCAAUAUUCCCGAGUCGCAGCCCCGGUCAGGGCUUCUCGAUUCAACGGCACCCGCCCAAGCCGUCCCGCAUGUCAUUACCGAAAAAUACUUGGCCGAUCUAACACGAAAGCUCGUACGCGCACGGCACUCACGGUCUCAAUAUGUUGGAGAGUGGAACCGAUUGGUGCAAGAAGCUGCCAACCUUCAGACAAUCUUGGACUCGGUCGCCUCCAAGAAACUAGACUUUGGCAACGUUUCUCCCCACGCCGAAUUCUGGGACAGGGUAAAGAUACUCACGCCGUAUUCUCGAUACGUUUGCUAUUAUUACAUCUUUCCCUAUACGCGAAUGGCCUUUGGUGCGCUGUUAGCUCUGGCAUCUGCUUGCAUUGUCUGGUCAGAAAUCGUCAAGUUCCCUUUCCCUAAGCUGUCUAUUAUUCGUGUUAGCGUUGUCCACCACUGGGUUGGUGACAAGGCCCAGGUCGGAUUCGCGGGACAGGUCAUUUCGGCAUUUUGGAUUUGCUACAUGUGCGCCGCUGCUCUUUCGUCCAUGACCGAGGUCAAGGUAUGGCGCGGACGAGCUCUCGUGAAGCGAAACACCGGACACGAAGCGGCAUUCUGGUUCGCAUCGCAAGUGGCAAAACUCAGCGUCCCGCUCUCAUACAACUUCCUCACCUUCUUGUCAAGCGAGGUCUACCAGAAGACCAUCUUCUACGAGUUCCUCGGACAGUACGUUGAUGUUACACCCCUAGGAAAGUGGUUCGACAGUUUCUUCCCCAUCGCCCUCGUAGUGCCUGUCCUGGCUGCCACUUUCGGGCUGUACGGCAAGGUCAAGCGCGUAUUUACGGGCGUAGACAUUAUCGAGGAUGAGGAAGAUAAUCCCACGGGCUACGGCACCGGUAAUUGGCGCGAAGGCCGUGAUCUCAUCGCCAGAGAAUUAGGAGGCUCAACCCAACGGCGCAGCGGUGCCGCGGCUAAUGGGGCUUCGAGUCGAGCAGCUCCAAUUCUGUCCAUCCCUGCCAUCCAAGACUCGGCUGCCACACCAUCGAGAUCGCCGCUACGAUCCCCCGCCAGCAACAAUCGUAGACCAGGCCAAGCACAGCCCCGCUUCACCGAUGAACCACCCGAAGAUGACAACAUCUUUACGAUCCUCGGACAUCGCAUGAAGAAUACGGUCGAUUCAUUCGAGACACCGCAGUGGUUCCAAGAUCUCGGACAGGGCAUCAAGAAGCCCAAGUGGAUGGGUGGAAACGAUGCUCAGCCCGCCAACGCCGGCAGUGGGAGCAACAGCAAUGACACCGGCACCGAUAUAAGAAGGUGGUUCGGAGGGGGCGGCGAUAGCCAUAUCCGCAUUUGA